UAUCCAUUCUCAUUCUGGUCAGUUGUCCAUGGCUGCUAGUCUCGGCCACACUACAAUGGUCUGGUCAUAUCGUCUGCUUCUUUUUCUGAUCUGACAAAUAAUAUCGCCAGCAGCCAUCCAAGUCUUGGAAUCACACCUCUUUCUCUCUCUAGCUCACUGCGCGUCUGUGUCUCGCCUGAUUGCCGCCGGGUCUUGGUUUGACACUGGAGUGUGUGUCACGCAAUUGACACUGAAGCGUGUGUCACGCACUUCGUGAACACUCGAGAUCGUGUUUGAUACAGCCCCCAAGCACGCAGGAAACUGCGGAGAGACUUCCACCAUGAGGCUUGACGUCAUCAUCGCCGCGUCGCUCUCAGCCACCCUCACCUUCCUCCUCUCCCGUCGCCUCUCGCCGUCUAAAUCCGAUUCGACGACACCAAAAGACGUAGGCGAUGACGGAAUAGACCGAACGUCGGCAGCUGAGCCCAUCGCCUCCUUCUCCUCCCCCGAUGCCGUUCAAGGGAAGAAAUCUCUGCCACGUGUACGGUCGGAGAUGGAGGUGGAGGACGAGCAGGACUACCACUUUCUCACAGUAGCGGCGGAGGAGGCGGAGGCGGGCGCGCACGAGAAGGACGGCGGGCCGUUCGGCGCGGUGAUUGUGCGGAACGGGGAGAUCAUCGCGCGCGCGCACAACGAGGUGCUCAAGCACAAGGACCCCACGUGCCACGCCGAAAUCAUCGCCAUUCAGAAGGCGUGCAAGGCGCUGGGCAAGAUCGAGCUGUCGGACUGUGUCAUCUACUCGUCCUGCGAGCCCUGCCCCAUGUCCUUCGCUGCCAUGUACCUCGCUCGACUGCCGCGCCUGGUUUACGGGGCACAGGCAGAGGCAGCCCACGACUUGGGGUACGACCCGUCGCACGUGGCAGACGCCAUCAGAGGCACGGCCACGUUUCAGAAGAGCAGCUGCCGGGUGAAGCGCAUCGUGCACCCCGAGGUGGCUAAGGUGUUCUGGAAACACCGGUCCACGGUCCAGAUCUACUAGUACCUGCUAGGGUGUUUGCACUAGAGGAACUGCAGUGACCUGUGUUGGAGUGCUGUGCGGCUUUCUGAUCAGAGGCUUGGACUCGGUAUCAGAAGAGCAGCCACUGUGUGAAGCGCAUCGUGCACUCCGUGUCAACUUAUACAUAUUAUCUAUGUAGAAGUUAUAGGCUAGACUGAGGUAUGCUUCUAGUGAGUACAACCAACUAGUAUUUGUUCUAGGUUUCCACCCCUAGGGGUGUGUCAACUUAUACAUAUUAUCUAUGUAGAAGUUAUAGGCUAGACUGAGGUAUGCUUCUAGUGAGUACAACCAACUAGUAUUUGUUCUAGGUUUCCACCCCUAGUAAUCAUUCG